AUGGAUGCAUCACAGCUGUCCUUCCUGCUGCUGCUGUACCUUUAUCUGCCAAAAGUGUUAUCGGUGCAGAUGUGCGACGUGGUGAACGAGAUCGAGCUGGAGAGAGAGCGCUGUGAGAAUAGCACCUCUGGGAACGUCAGCUCAGGUUGCCAAGGCACGUGGGAUAUCAUCGCCUGUUGGCCUUCAGCCAGUGUCGGAGAGGUGGUAACAAUAACCUGCCCCACGUACUUCAGUUACUUCAGUGACCAGCACAAAGGUAAUCUCUCCAAAACCUGCACAGCAAACGGCUGGACUGAGAUGAGGCCUAUUGACAUUGCAGUGAACUGUGGAUACAAUCUCAACAGCACUAGCGACGAUGGCAAGUUUUUCUGGCAAGUGAAGAUUGGCUACACCAUUGGCCACAGUGUUUCCCUCAUCUCUCUCACCACAGCUAUUGUGAUCCUCUGCAUCUUCAGGAAGCUCCACUGCACAAGGAACUACAUCCACAUCCAUCUGUUUGUGUCAUUUAUCCUGAAGGCCAUCGCCGUGUUCGUUAAGGAUGUGGUGCUCUACGAGGUCGGCGAGGUGGACAACUGCUCCACAGGCUCUGUUGGCUGCAAAGCAGUGAUUGUGUUCUUCCAAUACUGUAUUAUGGCCAGUUUCUUCUGGCUGCUGGUAGAAGGCCUUUACCUUCACGCAUUGUUGGCCGUCUCUUUCUUCUCGGAGAGAAAGUACUUCUGGGCUUACAUUCUGAUCGGCUGGGGAGGUCCGACAAUUUUCAUCACAGCUUGGAGCAUCGCUAAAGCCUACUACAAUGAUGUGGGAUGCUGGGAUAUAAUAGAGAACACCGAUGUGUUCUGGUGGAUCAUUAAAACUCCUAUUUUAGCAUCAAUCCUGAUGAACUUCAUUCUCUUCAUCUGCAUCAUUCGAAUACUACGCCAGAAGAUCAACUGCCCAGAUAUCGGAAGAAAUGAGUCCAACCAGUACUCGAGGUUGGCGAAAUCAACGCUGCUUUUGAUUCCGCUGUUUGGGAUCAAUUUUAUUGUGUUUGCAUUCAUCCCAGAGCAAGUGAAGACUGAACUGCGGCUAGUUUUUGACUUGAUUCUAGGGUCAUUUCAGGGCUUUGUGGUUGCAGUCCUUUACUGCUUCCUCAACGGAGAGGUCCAAGGAGAGAUCAAGAGGAAAUGGCGGAGGUGGCACCUGCAGAGAUACAUGACCUCCGACACCAAAUACCAACACCCGUCUAUUGGCAGCAGCAGCAACAACUUCAGCACCCAGAUCAACAUGCUGACACAAUGCAGCCCAAAAACUCGCCGGGGUUCCUCCUCCUGUCAUGACGACUUGUCUAGCAUUUGACUCACGCGAACGGUGAUACAGACGUACAUGCUGUUCAAAAUACUCUCGUGCCAAACAUCA